CAUUAAAUAAUAUAUAAUAUAAUAUUAUUUGUAUUCACGUAUAUAACGGUGCAGUGCACGAAAUAUAAUAUAUUCGUGCCUAUACAGAAUAUAAUUCACACGAGCCUUCGUUUUGUUUUCGUCGUCGCAGUCCCGGAGCCGUAGCCGCCUGCAAUAGAUAUACGCGCCCGUUAGAUCACCGCACGUGUUGGCGGCGCAUAUUGCAGGAUAUCGAUCUGAAAAUCACUACACGUCGUAAUAUUAUUACAAUAGUUGUGUACAUUUCCUACCCGAGUAACCUUCUCGUCCCGUUUCUAACGAGACGACCGAGAUUUGGUCUGAGUCACCGCAGUCGACGGACGUCCGUUAUUAUAUUAUUAUCGUAUAAUCAGCUCGUGGAGCGCCAGGCGAGAACGCUGCAGCGGCCCGACCAUGUACGCGGUAAUACAGCUCGACUCGGAAAACCACAGACUCCGACCCAAGCGGGUCAAAAUGGAGUUUGUGUGCAAAUACUGCAACCGGACGUUCAACAAACACUAUUCGCUGCUGAUACACGAACGCAACCAUCUGCCAACCGUCAACUACCGGUGCGAGAUGUGCUACAAGUCGUUCAAACGGCAGGACAGCCUGCAACAACACAGAUGUGGCCACUCAAGGUGAACUACGGAUUCUUCAAGACAACCCUUAUUUAUAAAAUCUAUACCUACCUAAAAAAAAUAAAAUCUUUUAUAGGCCACAUUUCUUACUGUAUAUUUUAAGCCAUAGGUACUAUUUAAUUCUUCUCUAUAUUAAUAGUAUCAAUGUAAAAACAAAAAAUAAAAUAAAAUAAAACAAAAGAAUUCGGUUCAUAUAAUUUACCUAUUCACGUUAUUAAUAUAAUAAUACGGCAUGGUCGCUUGUUUUACUAAUACCGGUUUGAGGUCACAUCUCACAUAGACUUAUCUCUAUCUUAUACUUAUGAAUGAUCUCUCUAAAAAAUCAAUUCUCAUGAAAAUAUGAUCUAAUUGUGUGUACUAUAUAUGCCACAUAUUAUUUUCAAAUGUUAUUCUUCAAUGUUUUUUAAUUUUAAUUUUCUCUCGGACUUCUUUUGUUUAUGGUUUUUAUUUUUCCAAUACAGAUCAACUCAUAGUCCAAAUUACAGAGCUGGGUACGCAUUGCAGCUUUGAAAAAAUUGUGAUAUGCUAAAUUAUUGGCAAAUUGUUGUAAUGAAGUAAAUGUAGAUAGACAGACAUUAACUAGGUAGUUUUUAAGUUAUAGUACUAAUAAAGAUAUAUAUAUAUAUAUAUAUAUUUGA